GUUCAUGUCAAGCUAGAGACGGCUAGCUCAUUGUAAACAUCCAGAAACGCCACAUUAAGAGCCCAGGGAAAACAGAUAAAGAAACCCGGCUUUUAUAAUUACUUUUCAGAUUUGCCAAGGAUGACUCGAGGAUUCAUAAGGACAUGUUCUAUUUGACGGCCACUGGCUGAUCGCUCGUCGUCCUGUUCGGUCGCCAUGGAAACACAGCUAACACAAGUUGACCAGUCGAGACAAACCAGUGACAUACCAGUUAGAUGACGAAACUGUUUUAAAUUGAUCGAGGUCUCUAGUUCGCAUUAGCUAUUGGUCUUCAUCGUCGUAUAUUAUAGCAUAAAGACUAGUUGAAGAAAAUAUUUCUACUCAACUGCCGUCAGCUAUGUUUUAAUAGUUGAGGUAUUUCAGGAUGAACAUCCUAAUCGCCGACCUCCUCAAAUAACCAAAUAACCGCUGAAAAUUAAGAUCCCGUUUACAUGAGAUUAAAAUGAAAAGAUGGGGUCAGACGCGCAAACGAUCACCAACAGGUGUAUCCAAAUGUCCGAAGAACCUCCAGAGCAAAGCUGUGUCGCCCAACGCCAUCUCAUGGUCGGACACUGAGGAUGGAGAUCUUAGAGAUGAUCCCAGUGAUGAUGACAAAAGAAAAUACAAGGGAACUCGAUACAUCACUGAAGAUCUGAUCAGGCGAUUGACUAAAUGUGACAAUUUUGCUCUGGUGCGGACUCUGGAUCUGUCUACAUCUACGAGUAGUGACAAACAAUUUAGGUAUAUUGAAAACUUGGACAAGUGUGAUCACCUGCAGGUUCUUAAUCUCAGUAACAACAGGAUCGAGAAAAUUGAGAAACUCGAGAAGCUUUGCAAAUUACGGGAACUUCACCUUUCCAAUAAUAGGAUACUAAAAAUUGAAGGGCUAGAGCACAUGACAAGUCUUCAGGUUCUGAAUCUGGCCUUUAACAACAUUGAACAUCUACCGGUGUGGCUGGCAAAGAAGCUCAGAUCACUUCAGACCAUAAACCUCAAGAAGAACAAGAUAUUCUCGCUUCAUGAGGUGACUAAACUGAAGCCGCUGAAGAACCUGACGAGUCUGACAUUAGCAGAGAACCCUGUUUCCAGUCUGCCCCACUACCACCUCUUUCUGAUCUUUCAUCUGAGGUCACUAGAGAUAUUGGAUGGACAGCCAGUUAGUCUUCAGGAAAGAGAGGAAGCACAUCAACGCUUUCACAUGGAGGAGGUGGAGCGUUUGGAGCAAGAGCUUGUUGUGAGAGCUGAAGAGUUUUCAAGACUGCAGAGAGAGCAGGCUGCAGCACUGGAAGAACUGGAGCGGCAGGAAACAGUCAACCAAAGCCUGAGGCAGCAGAAUCAGAAGCAACAGCACUCCCAUGAGCAACUUAGAAGAGAACUGGACACUAAAUCUGAACUACCAAUUCCCUAUUCAGCUCUCUCUUCUUACUACACACUGUUCUCAGCUGCUCUAAAGCUGAAGCAGAAAACAGUGGAGUUGACCCAGGCCUGUCAGAAGCACUAUGAGUUGGAACAGGAGUUAGCCUUUCACAAAAUAGAUGCCAAGUUUGAUCCUCUUCCGUUCUGUCCAGACCCUGAGGUGAAAAUAGAGAACAUUUCUAGUGAGAGUCCCUACAUAGGAAAGUCUCGUCAGAAAAGGAGCGUCACGUUCACAUCAGAGACCAUGGAUGCACAAGACCAACAGCAGACACUCUCAGUGGAUCUGACAGAGGUAGAUGACCCAACAAAAGAUGACAUGUCCAGACAUGCCCAACUCAGAGCUGAGCAGCGAUUGCAGCAAUUACAUAAAGAAAUCGAGGACAAAGAACAGCAAAUCCUCCGAGCCAGUGAAGAACUCCGACAGCUAGAGGAGGCAGUUUCUCAAAGAUGGAUCUGUGAAGCGGAGAAGGAUCAGCUAAGGCAGGAGCUUCAGAGGAGGAUACAGAAGUUGGGAGAGCAGAGAGGAGAGAUGAAGGCCCUGGAGAGACAACUGGACAGGCAGAGUGCAGAGAGAAAUCAAGCCCAGGAUGAAAUGGACCAGCUGCAGAGUCUGCUGCACAGCCUGGAUCCCAGUGACCCCAGACAUGCUCAUGUGAAGGCCAAGUUGUCCAGGAAGACGCAGUUGCUGGCCAUCAUGAGCAGAAAGCACCAAGAGUUGGAGAGCAGGCUGGAUGAUAUGAUUACACGCAUCUACAAGGAGACGCAAGAGAUCAAAGAACUGGAGCAACAACUUACUGAUGGUCAGAUAGCUGCUAAUGAAGCACUCAAGCAUGAUCUGGAGGGCAUCAUCUCAGGUCUCCAGGAGUAUCUACAGGGGGUUAAGGACCAAGCAAGAAGAGCCCAGUCAGACUGUAGUCGUCUACAGAAGGAGAAUGAUGCUCUGCAGCGACUUCUACAUGAGAAAGAGCUGCUAUGCACGCAGCUGGAGAAAGAAGCUCUGAGUGCUGAAAGGGGCCAGGAGGAACUGCAGCAUCAGCAGCGGGAGUUGGAGGAUCUGAGGAGGGAGAAUGAGGAGCUGAGGCAGGCUCAUGGGCAGGCCAGCGAAUAUGAAGCAGAGCUGGAGACACAGCUGCAGGAGAGAGACACUGAAGCUACACAGCUGAAGGAGGAGCUGGGAAGACUGCAUCAACUUAGUCAGAUGGAGCACUCUGCUCUGCAGGCAGAGCUGCAGAAGGAAAGGAAGGCUAAAGAAAACGCUUUGGCACAGAUGCACAUGGCUGCUGACAGAGAGCUAGAGAACACGGAGCUGCUGCAACAGGUCAAAAUCCUCCAGGAGGAAAGAGACUCCCUUAAAGAGAAGGUAGAUGCUCUUCAGAGCUAUAUGGAGCAGGAAAGGAGCAAGUUCCUUUGCCCAGAGCGUGUGGCUAAACAUUUAGAAGAGCUGAGAAGAGGCAUAGCUACAGGACAAGAUGGACUAAGCUUUGAAGACCUUGGUGAAGCUGCGAAUAAGAGUGUCAUGGAGCUGCAAAAGGAGCUUCAUCGUGUGGUAUCUGCUGCUAGGGUAGAAAGAGACGAGGCCCAGCGCGUUCAGGACAGACUCACUGGAGAGAUGAGGUCCCUCAGAGAGAGACUCAGGAAGUACCAAGAGAGAUUCCAGGUGGAACAGACUAGGCAGUCAGCAGAGAGGCGAGAUGAGGAGGCGGAGCUCCACAGAUUGAGGGAGGAGCUAGAGGACGCUCAUGAGCAGCAGUACUUAAUGCUGCAGCAUCUGGAGGAGACCGAAAUCGAAAGGGAUCGCCUGCUUGCUGAAUUAGAGGAACAGGAUAAACAGAUGAAGGCUGAGGAGACCCAGACUCAGGAACAGAUAGAGUCUCUCAAACUUGAGUUGGAGGUGCUCAGGAAAUCUUUCUCCACUGCUGACAGAAUGGCUGCUGUACAACUGAAUGCAGCAAAAGAAAAACUUCACUCUCUUCACAGUACUGUAGAGAAAAUACAUCUGGAGAGAGCAGUGAAUGCAGAGGAGUUGGAGAGCUCCAGGAACCAGGCAGCUCAAGCCAUUCAGGAUCUGGCUUAUGCUGAAGCAGAGAUCCAAGUUCUUCAGAAGCUUUUGAGCGAAAAAGUUCGUGAGACUGAUGGGCAUUCCCACAGUGUCCCAAACUCUAGCAUUCAACAGCAAGAACUGGACAGAUUAAACCAAACCCUGAAAAGACAACAGGCUCAGUCCAAACGCCUUAGAGAUCAACUAGCUCAAGUCAAAGAAGUUAACAAUGGCAAUCUGGAAGAGCUGUUGGAAGAGAUUGGAGCCCUGAGGGAGACUCUGAUGCAACAGAAUAACUACCUGUCCAGUUUAGGAGAUCCCAUGCCAAACACAGGAUAUUGGUACUAUGUACCACCUACUCAAAAUGUCCCUAGUCUGGGAUCUCAAGGCACACAAGACUCAGGAUUGGGCUCUGUACAUCCUCAUUCCCCUGAGAGAGGCCAGCAGUCCAGCCAUAGAGCACACAGGGAGAGAAGACCUCCUGUUAAUGGAGGAUACUGGGUCUUCUCUCCCCAUUCACACACUCAUGGAAGAAGAGAUGCUCAGAUGUGCCGAGACAGUGGAAGAGAGAGUGAUAUGGAGGGUGUGUCUGGACCACACUUCACUCCUCUCUCAGGCUCUGCAGCCUUUACUCUUCCCGAUGGGACUGCUCUUCCUCCAGGCUCAAUUAUCUACAGUCACCCUGUGCCUGGCCUUCCCAUUGGCUCAAGUACAGUCCUCUGUGGGCCGCCCCCUGAUGGAGCCAGGCUGGUGUACGGCCCCCCUCCCAGCAAUCUUACUAUACCCCUGGUGCCCAAUGGGACACUGCAUUGUAAUGUGCCUGGACAUCAGGACUUGGAGCAAAAUCUAAAGCAAGCAGAGCACAAGCUGAAAGAGAAGUAUGCUGGCAGAGUCUACAGUGAGAAAGAGCAGCUCACACUGCUGGAAAAGACAGCAGAGCUACAGCAGGAAAUCAAACACCUGCGCAGGACUGUCCACAGGCUAAAGCGCCACAUGAGUUUGCAAAAAAGCUCCAUCUCUCAUGCGGACGAUGAGCAGUGUGUGUUGGGAGAGGUGGAGUGUGUGGAGAAGACGCUUUUGAAGCGCAGAGCAGAGCUCAGAGAGGCUGACAGCCUGCUGUUAGAAGCCGAGACGGAGCUCAAAGACACUAGAGCCAAGACUAAAGAGAGCAUGCAGCACUACAAUGAGGCCAGGAGGCGAGUAGGAGAAACGGAGCGAGAGCUGAUGGAGAUGGAACAGAGAGCUCAAGACAGUGCCAAACAGCUGGUGCACACCAAACAAGAGCUCAGGAAUCUUCAAGAGGAAGUUAUGGAGCUGCAGAAAAAGAAACAGGACCAAGAACAAACUCUACACGAAGUAAAAGAGGUACUAGCAUGUCAAGAUGCAAAGUUUCAAGAAGUCAACAGAAAGCUAGAAAGAGCGACUGACAGACUGGAGGUUGUUCAGAAGGACCUCAAAGAGACCCAGAGCCUUGAGGCGAAACUCUUGCAAAGCUGCAGAGAGACGGAGAACAGCCUAACACAACGGCAAACAGAAUUGGACAAAAUCAGCACUCAGGUUGUGAUGCAGCAGGAGGAACUGUCUUUGCUGGACAGAAAGCUGGGACAGUGGAAACAGGAGGAGGAGGUGCUAAGGGUUAGUGUGGAGCAGCACAGGCAGGGCCUGCUAGAUGUACUUAGACAGGGAGAGGAGGACGUGCACAGCUUGCACCAGCGCAUUCAGGAGCUCCGUGUGGAUGUGCAGUCCUUGGCUGUGCAGAAGGGAGAGCUUGACUCUGAGUUGUCUGAGAGGAAGGGCAGACUGGCUCAGUAUAAGAGAGAUCAGCAACAAGAGGAGGAAACUCUACAGAACAUCCGUUCAGCCGUCAACAAACACAAAGCAGAGCUGAAGCACGUGUUAGAAAUGGUCCAGUUGGAGACUGGCGAACUAGAGGGGGUGCAGAUUCAGCAUAACCAGAAACUGAACCAACUGGAGAAGAGCCAGGAAACUCUACUACAAGUGCGUGUUGAACUUCAGCGUGUCCAGCAAGAGUUGCAGGAGCAGUGUGGAGAGGCUGAAAGACAGUUGAACCUGCUGGAGGAAGAGAGAGCAGAGCUGCAAUCACUACAACAGAAGAGCCUCAAUCUGCAACAGCAAACAGAUGCAGCAGUUAGAGAGAGGAGCAGCCUUCAGGAACAGUGCAGAAACCUGGAGGCCAGACGUAUACAUGCUCAGAGGUGUUUGGAGGCAUCAGAGAAGGCAGCGAGGGCAGCAGAAACAGAGCUGCUCAGACUGCAGGAAGAGCAUGACAAACUCAAACAGGACCAGAAACACGCACAAGACCUCCGACAGGAGAUCAGCAGAGACGCUGCAGCCACACGACAGCAGCUAGAGGAUGAGUUGAACAGACUCAAGAAGCAGCUGGCGGAAUCUCAGACUCAGUUAGAUGAGAUCAGAGAGGAGGUGAAGGUUGCGAGGUGCCAGCGAGAUGAGCUCGUCAAGCAGCAGAAGGAACAAAAGGCUGAACUGCAGGAGAGAGAGGAGAAGAUCAGGAGAAGACAACAGAAACUGGACAAACUGGGGCAGCAGCUGCAGGAGUUAAAGGCAGAUGUUGCUGAGAAACAGACUCAGCUAGAAGAACAUGAAAAGCUGGUCAGAGUUCAGCAGCAGCUGAAUAUUGAUCUGGAGCAGCAGCAGAUGCUGAAGCAGCAGAAGCUGCAGGCAGCAGAUAGAGCUCUGGCCCUGAGUCUGGACAGGAUGGAGCAACUCACAGCUGCAGCAGCAGAAAUGGACAUGAAGAGUGACACUCUGCAGAGGGAGCAUAAUCAGUGCACUGUGCUUCAAGAGCAGCUGGCUAAGCUGGAGCAGGAGCUGUGUGAGCAGGACAUCAGGCUCCAGGCUGCUGUAGAGGAGACCCAUCAUCUGCAGGAGGCUCUGCUGUCUAAGAGGACCAGAUCUGAGGGACAUCUGGAGGCCCUGAGGAGCCAAACCCUCACAGACAGAGAGGAAGUUGAGAAGGAGUGUGCACGGCUCCAAAGGGGACUGCUAACUGUGGAAAAAGCAGCUCGAGAAAACCAUAAACAAGCCAGAUGGCUGCAGGAGCAGCUCAGCACCAUUUCCAAAGAGCUGCUCUGCCUCAAGGACACGAUGCAGAUCCAAGAGAACAGCAGGGCUCAGCUAUGUGAGAUUAAGGACACCAUGCACUCUUUGAGGUCACAGGUGAGAGUAGAGCUGGACAGUGGGGUGAGGGAGCUCGAGGCACCCUCUAGCAGCGCCUCUGACACAGACAGCCUGAAAGAAAAUCAUCCCUGUGUUACACUCGCCUUGGGGAAACCAGUCUUCAACACUAAGGAUGAGCAGUGGAGAGGGGAAGCGCUUAGAGAGAGACUGAGGCAGCAUGAGGAUCACUUGAAGGUUCAGCUGCGCAGGCGCAUGUUCUCCCAACAGGAAGCUCUAAGUCAGCGCAGACUGCAGACUGAAGGCAGCAUUCAGGGUCUGCGCAGACAUGUCGACAAGUUGGACCAGCUCCUUGGCAACUCUACCAAAGACGACUCAUAUUUGAUUGACAAGGAACCCACAAGAUUGACUUCCUACUCCCUUCAAAGCCAUUAAACAGACUCUGUGGGUCAUAUUGGAGGCUAGAUAAUCUCAGCCUUCUUUGAACCAAUAAAGUUGGUUGGACCAAUCAGCACUUUCCAUAUACAAAUGAAGAAACUGAAACUUGAGGUUAAGAAAGUGAAGAUUAUCUAGCUGCCUUAGUGUAGUUCUGUUGCUGUAGAUAUAAAACCAUUUACACAAAUUUUUUUAUUUAAAUUAUUACACUAACACUGUGAUGUGCCUUUUCAACAUAUACGUGUGCUACAGAAGACAGCUGCCUUGAAAAUAUUUCAUGUAAAACAGCUGCACUAGUGAAGGUUUCAGGUUUUACCAUGUGGUCACUCCUUUGCACUUUCACUUAUUUAAUACUCUUGUUGUUGACUAAAAAACAGGCAGUGCUCUGACAUGGAUAACUGCAUAUUUAUAUUUUUACAUGAUUAUAAAAAAUGACCUUGUAUUCAAAGCCAAAGUAUGCAGAGUAUUUAUUACAGCACUUAUCUUUAUGUACAAUUUGUCUUAAAUCAAAUACAACUUCAAUUGAAGUGCAAUACUACGAAAAUGUUCCAAGAUGAUAUCAUUAUUGCUGAUAUACAGUGCAAUCAGUUGUGUAUGUGGACAAAAACACAAUCUAUAGUAUUGUCUUUAUUAACAUAAUUACAAACAAAUGUCACUUACAGAAGACAUACUUGAGUUCAAGAGCAGGUUAAAGAUGUGAAAAAAGCAAGAAAGUAGGAGCAAAUUAAAACAUGGAUUUUCAGUUUACAAAACAACCACUUUUAAAAUCUACCAUAAUACACAAAUUUAAUAGAAAAAAAUAUUUGUAGUGGGUUUUUUUUUUUUUUUUACCUGUUCAUU